CGCGGGAUGUGCGCAUGCGAUCUGCGCGCCCGCGGUGGCGGGGGGCGGGCGGGGCGGCCCCGGCUGAGCAGUGAGCGGCAGCACGGAUCGGAGUAGCGCGCAGCAUGUGCGGCAUAUUUGCUUACCUGAACUACCAUGUUCCCCGGACAAGAAGAGAGAUUCUGGAGACCCUUAUCAAAGGUCUCCAGCGGUUGGAGUACCGUGGUUAUGACUCUGCAGGUGUGGGAAUCGAUGGUGGCAAUGACAAAGACUGGGAAGCUAAUGCUUGCAAAAUCCAGCUUAUCAAACAGAAGGGGAAAGUGAAGGCUCUGGAUGAAGAGGUGCACAAGCAGCAGGACAUGGAUCUCGACAUUGAGUUUGAUGUGCAUCUUGGAAUCGCGCAUACCCGUUGGGCUACCCAUGGAGAGCCCAAUCCAAUCAACAGCCACCCGCAGCGCUCGGAUAAAAACAACGGUGAGAAUGUUUGCUUGGCAUCUGGCUUUCUGGGACACCUAAAACGUCACAGGGAAGGGUGGCUUGAGUUCAUCGUCAUCCACAAUGGCAUCAUCACCAACUACAAAGACCUGAGAAAAUUCCUGGAGAGCAAGGGCUAUGACUUUGAGUCAGAGACGGACACAGAGAGCAUUGCCAAACUGGUGAAGUAUAUGUAUGACAACCGAGACAGCGACGACAUCAGCUUCACCACCCUGGUGGAGAGAGUCAUCCAGCAGCUGGAAGGUGCUUUUGCCCUUGUAUUCAAAAGUGUUCAUUAUCCUGGUCAAGCAGUUGGUACAAGGCGAGGCAGUCCUCUGCUCAUAGGAGUGCGCAGUGAGCACAAGCUCUCCACUGACCACAUCCCCAUCUUGUACCGUACAGCUGUACAGUCUAUGGAUCAUUCUUUUGAUGGAAUAUCCAUAAAUGUGGAGGAAGGUAAGGAUAAGAAGGGAAGCUGCAACCUGUCUCGUGUGGACAGCACCACCUGCCUCUUCCCUGUUGAGGAGAAAGCUGUGGAAUACUACUUUGCUUCUGAUGCUAGCGCUGUCAUUGAGCAUACCAACAGAGUGAUUUUCCUUGAGGAUGAUGAUGUAGCAGCUGUGGUUGAUGGCCGUCUCUCCAUCCACCGGAUCAAACGUACAGCAGGCGAUCACCCUGGGCGUGCCGUGCAAACCUUGCAGAUGGAGCUUCAACAGAUUAUGAAGGGUAACUUCAGCUCGUUCAUGCAAAAGGAGAUUUUUGAGCAGCCAGAAUCCGUUGUUAAUACCAUGAGAGGAAGGGUCAACUUUGAUGACUACACUGUGAAUCUUGGUGGCUUGAAGGAUCACAUUAAGGAGAUUCAGAGGUGUCGUCGUCUAAUCCUUAUUGCCUGCGGGACGAGUUACCAUGCUGGAGUUGCAACCCGUCAGGUUCUGGAAGAACUGACUGAAUUACCUGUGAUGGUUGAACUAGCCAGUGAUUUCCUGGAUAGAAACACUCCUGUCUUUAGAGAUGAUGUUUGCUUUUUCAUCAGCCAGUCAGGUGAGACAGCAGAUACUUUGAUGGGUCUUCGGUACUGCAAAGAGAGAGGAGCCUUAACUGUAGGCAUAACCAACACAGUUGGCAGCUCUAUAUCACGGGAGACAGAUUGUGGAGUCCAUAUCAAUGCAGGACCAGAGAUAGGGGUUGCCAGUACCAAGGCCUAUACCAGCCAGUUUGUCUCUUUGGUGAUGUUUGCUCUCAUGAUGUGUGAUGACAGAAUUUCUAUGCAAGAAAGACGCAAGGAAAUCAUGCGUGGUCUCAAAGGACUGCCAGACUUGAUUAAAGAAGUGCUGAGUAUGGAUGAUGAGAUCCAGAAGCUGGCCACAGAGCUGUACCAUCAGAAGUCUGUUCUUAUCAUGGGACGUGGCUACCACUAUGCUACAUGUCUAGAAGGAGCUUUGAAAAUUAAAGAAAUUACCUAUAUGCACUCUGAAGGGAUAUUGGCAGGUGAGCUGAAGCAUGGCCCUCUUGCACUGGUGGACAAACUCAUGCCUGUUAUCAUGAUCAUCAUGAGAGACCAUACGUAUGCAAAGUGCCAGAAUGCUCUCCAGCAGGUCAUUGCACGACAAGGACGACCUGUUAUCAUUUGUGACAAGGAAGACAUUGAGACUAUUAAGAAUAAUAAGAGAACAAUCAAAGUUCCCCAUUCUGUGGACUGCCUGCAGGGUAUCCUGAGUGUUAUCCCCCUUCAGCUUCUGGCUUUUCACCUUGCGGUUCUCAGAGGAUAUGAUGUUGAUUUUCCAAGAAAUCUGGCCAAGUCCGUAACUGUAGAGUGAAAGAUCAACUGAAUCAUAGGGGCAAAGGGGAAUUAAUUGAAAGACUCUUUUUGGUACCAAAAUAACUUGAUUUUAAAGUCCCCUAGGUAAAUCUUAUUUUGGUAAUUGAUUGUUUGUGUACAAGAUCACUGUAAUUCCAUUACAUUAGUGAUUGUCAAAUUGAUUCCACAUGCUAUGCCAAUAGCCUUGGGUUUUUUGAACAAUAGAUUUCCAUGGAAGCUAUUAAAUGGUUUUCUUUAAAGAUUACUGAGUCUUCUAGGUAAAGGGCCCUCCACUAUACUUUCAGAUACUGCCAUUGUUUCUUACCAAGUGUGGCUCACUCCAGCUGUUGGUGAGAAGCCAAUUCAAUGCAUUACCUGUCAUGCUCUCAGACAGUGAUAGCAGAGUAUACAACUGGAACAGGAGCUGCUGCUGGUCAUGGUCAUGUUUGUGCAGGUAUUUUAACAGUGGGAGAAACUGUAAAAGAGCAUUUGGGUCAAUUUCUGCCUCAUCCAUAAAAGGGGAUUCAACUGACCUGUAUCAGUUUCUUAAGCUUUAGGCAUGUGGUAAAUGUGCUGAAGAAGUAAUGUUGCUUCAGAAAGAUGUUAUCUAUGCCAAAUACCUAGCAGCUGACAAUCUCAUAGAGCUGGGCCAUGACACACCAUGUGACACGGUGGAAAUCACACCUUCAAAUGCAAGUGGAAGCAGUGUCUGGCUCAGCACCAUGGAUGCCUACCAAAAAAAAGGACAGGGAACAGUGCUCAGUUGGUGAUGAUGUUUAUUUUGUUGGCUUUUAAUUUGUUUUUAAACAAGCAGCCCUCUUCCUGUGUUGUGGGAUGAAGGUUUUCCCUCAGAGCUGUAGCGCUGCAAAGAGAUCAUAAGGAAUGGGCUUUAUUUUGCUGCAGGUCACUUAGUGGUUUCUGCCUUCUGUCCUUCGAACAGAGACAGCACUAAAUCUCUCUCUGUGAGGCUUGCUGUGUUAUAGAGUCCUGUAAGUGCACGGGUUCUGGUUUAUUAAGGAGCAGUUCAUAUGGUUGCAGUGUCAUAUGUGAUUGUGUCAAAUUGAGCUGGUGUAAAAUUGGUGGAUAUAUAACUUGAUAGCCACAAAAUAAGAACAUUGAUAAUGAUUAUUUAGCAAGUUUGCAGAAGUUAUGCAGAAAAUAUGCCUUCAAGAUGUUGAACAAGUCAUUAAGGGGCAGUUAACAUAGUGUUUCCUAAUGCAAAAAGGUGAAUUCCUACUAGCCUGGUGGGUUUUGAAUUAGCUUUAUAUAUGCAAAAGCAUAGUACAAGGCAGAAAGCAAUGCUUGCUAAGUCCUGGUGAAUAUUUUGAAGUUCUGCCCCUGGAAAACUGCUUUAACAAAUACAGUGUUUGGGGACCAUCCAUUACCAUUAAAACUCAGCUCUGGUGGAUGAUUUUCAACAGAAGAGGACUGCUCAGACGAAGUGUUUCCAAAGACAGUGGCAAUUCUGCUUUAUACUGAACCGCAGUAACCUGUUUGACUUCAGUUCAUAAUCAGCCUGAGGCUGUUUUGUUAUGUUAAUGAGUAAAAUGCUGCGUGCCUGGAAACUUUGUCGAAGCCAACCUAUGUAUGUUUAUUAAUAUUGUGUUCAGACUACUAAUUUAUGAAUGCAUUGUGUUGCCAGCAUAGGAAGUGUUGCAUUGUAGUUGUACAGCAGUUGCUUAUGAGGUGCUGACUCCUACUCUGUGCCUCUGCCUAGGCAUGACCAGUAGACUGCUCUUCUUUGAAAGGGUGUAAUUCUCCCAGAGGAACAGCAGACUAUUUGUGUUCAGUGCUCACAGUCUUGGGGGCAGCUCCUCUUCCUGCUGCCACUCACCUUAUUAAGGGAAGCUGUGAACCUUGGGCAUGGAGGCUGGGAGCCAGGGAAGGUUCUCCCAUUGCCCAGCAUAAGGACAGGCAGUACCACACCCUGUGUUCUCAUUAGCAUGAGGUCUGAUGGGAAAGAACUUGCAAGAGAAUGGUUUGAAGAUCUGUUUCUCCUAUUCCAUUCAGAAGAAAAGCACCAAGCAUUGCUUUUAGCUUGCCUUGUGCAGAUAAUGGUCUGCCAGCUCACUCCUGGAAGACAGAGUGGUUGACAUGGCAGUCAGGGUGGUUAGCCUCACAAAAUGCAGAUUGCUGUUUGGUAGAAGGUUGGUAAUGUGGGCUGUUAAAUACUUGUGGAAGCUGUGUACAAAGAGGACCAAAGAACAGGAUUCUAAAUGAAAAAUGUAAUGAAUCUGACACUCUCCUGUUGGAUGUAACUGUACAGAUAUUGCUGAGCUCUUUGGUUUUAAUGCUGUGAUAGACAAAUCCUUAUUCUCUGUAAGUCUCCACAACAGAUUCUUCAUUUGUCUGAAGUAAGGUAGUAUUCACCCACUGCAUCCUGCAGGAUUGCCAGCAAACUGCCUCAAGUGUACAAACUGCCAAAACAAAGGUGUAGAACGUGCAGGUAGGAUGUUGUCAUGCUUCAACGGAGGACACUUGCUAGGAAGAAUUUCCUUGAUGAGCAUGGUAGGGAAUCCGUAAAGCAUCUCAUUGUUAAUUGCCAUGCCAGUGUGAAGUCAGAUUGUAUAAAGGACUCUUCCUAGCUUUCCUUACCUCAUUUUGUGUAGAUGUGUUGUGUUUUGAUGAACAGAUGGUAUUUCUCUCUUUCCCUAGAGGACUUUUAGAAUGUCUUGUGAUAUUUAUUAACAGCAGUCAGUCUUCUACUCUCCAGAAUGAAUGUUUUGCUUACUGAGCCAGUCCAACUCCCUCCUCCUGAUGGAGGUGUGCAGACAUCCAGCAGCUCUUCACUAAAAUCCAGCCAUGGGUAAACACCAAUAAAGCCUUUUCUCAUUUUGCA